UUCAUUAGCCGUUUGCUUCAGUUUGAUUUAUAAAAUAUGACCAAUAAACCUUCUUCAGUUUCACUUCAGCCAAAUGAGAAGCCUCACGAACAACCUGUUCUUUAUUGUAAUCUGAAACGGAAAAGGCCGCCGACCAUUGAGAUCCCGAAUGUCUUGCAAGAAAUCCAAGUCAACUCCCUUAAAGUUAAAGACUUUACCCCACGGGACGACACCGUUUGCUUCAGUGGGUUAGGUGUGGCUGUUUACUCUGUCAAGGGGAAGAAGAAGUUCAUGGAAGAUGCACACAAGAUCGUUUCUUGUCUCCAUGGGAACUCAAACAAGGCAUUCUUUGGCGUUUAUGAUGGACAUGGAGGGAAGGAUGCUGCUGAUUUUGUUGCACAAAACUUGCACAAUAAUUUGUUUGAGAUGCUGAAGGAUUGUAAAGGAAAUGAUGAGAAGGAGGAGGCAGUCAAGUCUGGUUACCUUAAAACAGAUGAGGAGUUCUUGAAGAAGGAUAUGGUCAGUGGCACCUGCUGUGUCACAGCAUUGAUUGAAGGUGAUGCCAUUGUUGUUUCAAACUUGGGAGAUUGCAGGGCUGUUUUAAGUAGAGAAGGAGUAGCUGAAGCCCUUACAACAGAUCAUAAAGCUGAGCAACAAGAUGAAAGAACAAGAAUUGAGAAUAAGGGAGGAUAUGUCGAGUUUCACCGAGGAGCUUGGAGGGUUCACGGGAUACUCUCCGUCUCUCGAAGUAUCGGAGAUGCCCAUCUGAAGGACUGGGUGGUGGCUGAGCCUGACACAAAAGUUUUUCAGUUGACACCAGAUAUGGAGUACCUUGUUUUGGCUUCUGAUGGUCUUUGGGAAGAGGUUAGCGAACAGGAAGCGAUCGACACCGUGACACGACUAUCUGUCGCAAAAAGAACCGACAACAAUGGAGGUCAUAGUAAAGAAAACGAUGAGGAUUAUGGGCGUGUGAGUGUAAGUCCAUCGAAGAUACGGAGAAUUUCAUUGGUUAAGCAGCAACAGAAAGACACAUGUCAAUCCCCUAGGUACAAGAACAAUAUUGAUGGUUGGAAAGAUAAUGAUCGAGAUGUCUUUGCUUGUGAAAACAGAAGUCCGCCGUCGAAGUUUCGCAGGAUUUCGAUGGUGAAGCGGAUAAGCACGAAACUCGAGUCGCCUACUCAAGAAAACACCAGUUUCAAGAAGAAACCAUCAUCUGCAGCUGGUAUCAUGGCUGCUUGCAAGGAGCUGGUAAGCCUUGCUGUGAAUAGGGGCAGUUUAGAUGAUAUUACGGUCAUGAUAAUUGAUUUAAAUCACUUCAAAUGUAACAUUUAAUCGUGCUUCCGUUAUUAUUUAUCAUAAAGAUUGUUAAUUUUUGUAAAACAACCAGAUUCA